GGUGGGUGGGGCUUUUCUCAGUGCUUUUCUGCAGACUUUGUUUGACAGGAUGGCUUCUCGUGAGAUGGUAGACUUCAUCAAGGGAAUAAAACAGAGGAAUGGCCCUAAUCUUCCACUGGACAAGUUGAAGAUAACAAUGCGAUCCGUCAAUGCGCUGGUCAAUCAUGCAGAAGAGAUGCAGGCCGCAGAUUUUCAUGUUCGAGAAUGGGUGAAUGAUCUUAAAGAUUCCAUGUUUGAGGCCGACGACAUUUUGGAUAAGAUCACUACAACUGCAAUAGCUUCAAAUCCGGAAAUGGAAGCUGAAUUAGGGAGUAGAACCACAAAUAUGGUGAGUUGCUUUUCCCCUGUUCUCCUUUCUGAGUUUAGAGAUGGGAUACAUACAAUUAUUGAACAGUUGGAAAAUUUAGUGAAACAAAAGGAAGUUCUGGGCUUGAGGGGACUUGUCAGUGGUAUUCCUACAAAUAAAUUUCAAACAACUUCUUUAGCAGGAAAGUCGGGUAUUUAUGGAAGAGAUUAUGAUAAAGAAUCUAUAAAUAAACUGUUGCUAUCGGAUUCUGCUUCUGAUAAGAUAUGUGUCAUCCCCAUAGUUGGGAUGGGUGGGGUUGGGAAGACCACCCUUGCUCAAGUUGUUUACAAUGAAGACGUGGUAAAGGAGCAUUUUGACCUGAAAGUAUGGGUUUGUGUUAACCAAGAAUUCGAUGUCUCUAAAUUAACAAGGACUAUUCUAGAGGCAAUCCCUUUAACAUGUGAUGGAUUGGAUCUCAACCAGCAACAAAUUAAACUUAAGGAGUUCCUUGACAAUAAGAGAUUUCUCAUUGUUCUAGAUGAUGUCUGGAACGAGAAUUACAUUGUUUGGGAAAUCUUACGACGUCCUUUUGAAUAUGGGGCACGAGGAAGUAAGAUCAUAGUCACAACACGGAGUGAGAUUGUCGCAUCAACCAUGCUCACGGUUCCCUUUUAUCAUUUAAAACCAUUGUCAGAUGAUGAUUGUUGGUUAUUAUUUGCAGAGCAUGCAUUUGAAGGGAUUGCGUUGGAUAAAUAUGCUAAGUUGACAGAUAUAGGGAGAAGUAUAGUGAAAAAAUGUAGCGGACUGCCAUUGGCUGCCAAAGCUCUUGGAGGUCUCUUGCACUCAAAAAGAGAUGAAAGUGAAUGGGAGAAGGUAUUGAAAAGCGAUUUAUGGGAUUUUCCAGAUGGUAGGAGCAAUGUUCUUCCUGCUCUUAUGUUAAGCUAUCACUAUCUUCCCUCACAUCUUAAGCGAUGUUUCGCCUAUUGUUCUGUGUUUCCAAAGAAGUAUCAAUUUAAACGGAAGGAACUAGUGCGCCUAUGGAUGGCGGAAGAUCUUCUGCUUCUGCAACAUUCCGAAAGAAAUAGAACCAUGGAAGAAGUAGGUGAAGAAUAUUUCAAUGACCUGACAUCUAGGUCAUUCUUUCAGCAAUCAGGCAGAAAGUGCUUCUUUAUUCAUGAUCUAAUGGGUGACGUGGCUGAAUUUGUCUCUGGAGAAUUCACCUUCAGAUUAGAGGGUGUAAAGACACAUGUCAUGUCAAAAAGAACUCGUCACUUGUCAUAUUCCAAGUUGAAAUUUGAUGAUUUAGAGAAUAUUAUGGCCGUAUGUGAAAAUCUUAGAACCUUUCUCCCAUCACAAGGGAUAUCAUGGUCUAAAUGCUUAAAUAAUGAGGCUGUUAGUGGCUUACUUUCAAAACUAACCAGGUUAAGGGAGCUUUCCCUCUCUAACUGCCACAAUUUGACAGUUAUCCCUGAUUCAAUUGGUAAUUUGAUACAUUUAAGAUAUUUAGACCUCUCUUCGACACCAAUCUCCAGGUUACCAGACCCCACAUGCUCUUUGUACAAUUUGCAGACUUUGUUGUUGACAAAUUGUACAUACCUUACUGAAUUGCCUUUCAAUCUGGGAAGCCUAACUAAGCUCAGGUGUUUAGAUAUAAGUGGAACAAAAUUAAGUCGGAUGCCACCACAUAUGGGUAGAUUGAAAAAUCUUCAGAUGCUGGCAGUUUUUGUUCUGGGAAAUAGAUGUGGAUCGAGCAUCAAAGAGCUGAAGGAACUUCAAUUUCUUCAGGAAAAGCUCACCAUUUCAAAUCUGCAAUAUGUCGCUAGUCCUGAAGAUGCUAUCAUUGCUAAUAUGAAUGGUAAAGAGAAGCUUAAUGAAUUGGUGUUGAAAUGGAGUGGGACCGCGGAUAAUUCAGAAGAAGUUAGAAGCGUACUUCAUCACUUGAAACCUCCUAAAGCAUUGACAAAACUUACCAUUAAAGGUUAUGGGAGCACAUCAUUCCCAGACUGGUUUGGAGGAUGUCAUUUUUUUAAUUUAGCAUCUUUAUGUCUUGAUAGCUGUGAAAAUUGUGUUCUCUUGCCACCACUUGGGCAACUUCCUUCCCUACAAGCUCUCUCAUUAACACGGCUUUCACUUGUAGUUUCUAUUAGUGAUUCUUUUUAUUACAUUCCUUCCGACCAAGUGGAGCCAUCUCACAGAAAUGCAGUUGGACCAUUUAGGUCCCUUCAAACUUUGCGCUUUGAGAACAUGCCCCAGUGGCAAGAAUGGCUUCCGUUCACAGUGAUGGAUGAAAAUGCAGUCGAAGCAUUUCCUUGUCUUCAACAGCUUUAUAUAAAGAAUUGCCCAAAACUUAAGGGCUUGCCGGAAAAGCUCCCUUUACUAGACAAACUGGUGAUUUCCAAGUCUGAGCAACUCGUCGCUAUAGUUCCCCCAACAAUCCGGGAAUUGCAGUUGAAAGACUGUAAAAAGAUAUCAAUGAAGGAACUGCCACCUCGUUUGUUGAAUUUGUCAAUUGGUGGAUAUGAUGCUUUUGAGUUUCCUGUCGGGGGUGUUGAUGACAGGAAUUGUUCCAUUAAAAAUUUAAGCAUCAUGAGCUGCCGUGUCAUUUGUCAGCUUCCCGUAAUUGGCUUUGCUAACACAUUGAAGUCACUUAAUGUUACAGACUGUGGGACGAUUGAGCUUCCCAUGAACCAAUGUUUUGCAACUCUCGAGAGUUUACGCAUAAGAUCUAGCUUUGGUUCUCUGAAGUCCUUCAUUUUAAGUUUCUUUCCAAAGCUGAGCUAUCUUGACCUUGAAGGAUGUCAGAAUCUACAGUCGCUUUCAACUUCAGGGGAUCACUUGCAGCAUUCUCCAUCUCUGAUUCUCAACUCCAUAAAAAUCAGUAAUUGUCCUAAUUUUGUGUCUUUCCCAGAAGGUGGACUCUCAGCUCCAAACCUGACUUAUUUCCUUGUGUAUAACUGCAAAAGUUUAAAGUCAUUGCCCCACCAGAUGAACAGCCUGCUUCCUUCUCUGGUGACUUUGAAUAUAUGCCUGUGUCCAGAGCUUGAGUCGUUUCCAACAGGAGGACUGCCAAAAAGUUUACAUUCAUUAGAGAUCAAUCGCUGUGAUAAGCUCUUUGCUAAAAGAAAGAACUGGGAUUUGCAAGGACUCCCUUCUCUCCGAAGCUUUGGUAUCAAAGGUGUGUGCAAAGAUGGGGAAUCCUUCCCAGAAGAACGGUUGCUUCCAUCUUCUCUUACCUCCCUUUAUAUACGUAAACUCCAGAAUUUUAAGAGUAUGAAUGGAGGUGGCAUCCAGAAAUUGACCUCUCUAGAGACUUUGGGGAUUGGAGACUGUUCAGAACUUCAGUGCAUGCCAGAAAAACUCCCUGCCUCACUUUCUGCCCUUCAUAUCUGGAAUUGUCCAUUGCUUGGACAAAGAUGCAAUGGGAAAAAAUCCGAAGAUUGGCCAAAAAUUGCUCAUAUUCCCCGCAUACGGAUCAACAGAAGAUCGGUCGGAUAUGACUAAACUUUAUACUGGAGAAAUGUUUCUAUCCCUGUUCUGAUAUUGGCACGGGAUUCUCUCCAUGCUGAGCUACAAAGUUGGAAUGCAUGGUUAGUUUCAAAAUAGAAAACUGCUCGCUGCUAUUCACUGGGGCUGACAUUCAAAUC